CCAUCAACAAGGCGGAUCCUACGUUUUCCGAGAAAACGAGGCCCGACGUGGAAAUGCAAUCGACGGGGAGGAGUACUGGAACCAACAUUGGUCAGGCCAUCGGGGAAAUCAGCUCAGGGACGCCCUACGUCAAAAUAAUCGAGCAACCGGCGAGCAAGGCUUUGCGCUUCAGGUACGAGUGCGAGAGCAGGACGGCCGGCAGUAUACCCGGUAUCAGCAGCACACCCGAGAACAAGACCUAUCCGACCAUACAGAUCGUAGGAUUUAGGGGUCGAGCGAUCGUCGUGGUGUCGUGCGUGACGAGGGACUCGUCCUCGAGGAGCUCGUCCUAUCUACCGCAUCCGCACCAUCUGGUUGGCAAGGAGACCUGCAGCCGGGGCGUUUGUACAGUCGAGGUUUCCGCGGAGGACAACAUGACGGUCGUUUUUAACAAACUCGGCGUCCAGUGCGUCAAGCGAAGGGAUAUCGAGGACUCGCUCAGACAGAGGGAAGAAAUGCGGGUCGAUCCCUUUCGAACCGGUUUUGAUCACAAGCGUCAGCCGACGAGUAUAGACUUGAACGCCGUGAGGUUGUGCUUCCAGGCGUUUCUGGAGGGUCCGGUCAAGGGCGAGUUUAGGAUCCCCCUUAUGCCAGUCGUUUCGACGCCGGUUUACGACAAAA